AGAACUCGCAAACAUCGAAGCAAUGUCUCGCCCGGAAGAUACCCUGUACAUACCUCCCCUCCGCUCCCACACCCCCCAAAGAUAUUAACAACCCCCACCCGCUGCAGCCCCCCGGACCUCUUCUACAACGACCACGAAUCCCAAAAAUACACCACAAGCAGCCGGAUCCAGACCAUCCAAACAGCAAUGACCCAGCGAGCCCUAUCGCUCCUCGCCCUCCCAUACCCGAGCCUGGUCCUCGACAUCGGGUGCGGCAGCGGGCUCAGCGGGGAAAGCCUGACCGCAUCGGGCCACACGUGGAUCGGGAUGGACAUAUCCGCCAGUAUGCUAGCCGUAGCGCUCGACCGCCAGACUUCCGGUGACCUGUUCCUCGCCGACAUCGGGCAGGGCGUGCCCUUUCGCCCGGGCACGUUCGACGCGGCCAUCAGCAUCUCGGCGAUUCAGUGGCUGUGCAACGCCGAUUCCAGUGAUGUUUCAGCGACUGGGAGGUUGAGCAGGUUCUUCGAGGGACUCUAUGCCGCCCUGAAGAGGGGCGGGAAGGCCGUUUUGCAGUUCUAUCCGAAGAAUGAGGUGCAGAGGCGGAUGAUUACCAGCGCAGCUAUUAGGGCUGGCUUCGGCGCCGGCUUGCUGGAGGAUGACCCCGGGACCAAGAAUGUUAAGGUUUAUCUGGUAUUGACGGCUGGCGCGGGGUCGGAGGGGGGCGGGACGGGUGAUGUCACAAAUGUGGUUAGGGGACUGGAGGGGGUUGAUGUUAUUGAUGAGAGGAGAAAGGGGAGGGGUGGUGUGAGAGGCGGGGAUGGGGAGGGUAGGAAGGGGAGUAAGGGUUGGAUUCUCAGGAAGAAGGAACAGGGGAGGAAUAGGGGGAAAGUCAUCAAGGCCGAUUCAAAGUAUACCGGGAGGAAGCGGCGACCGGCCUUUUGA